AUGAGUUUUUCUUUUCGCGGGAGUAGGGGAGAUAUUGAAAGCGGGUUUUCGCAAUAUGUUCCUGAAAGAACCUCAAUGCGGAUUCAUCCAUCUCGGUCAGCUCAUAGCAAUUCUCUAGCUUUUCUUAUUGCGGUUAUUUUGAUAUUCAUGAUAUUAAGCUCCCCUCAGAUGUCGCAUUAUUUUCUACUCUGGAUAGUACUGGCUGUCUUCGUGAUGGCUACAAGUCUGAGAAUGUAUGCAACAUGUCAACAGCUUCAAGCGCAAGCCAGGGCUCAUGCCGCAGCAGCCUCUGGGUUGCUUGGCCAUGCUGAAUUACAUUUUCAAAUGCCGCCAUCUAUUGCAAUUGCAACUAGAGGAAGAUUGCAGGGACUUAGACUUCAGCUUGCACUUCUUGACCGAGAAUUCGACGAGCUAGAUUAUGAUACUUUGAGAGCACUGGACUCUGAUAAUGCUUCUAGUACUCCUUCAAUGACAGAGGAAGAGAUAAGUGCCUUGCCUGUUCACAAAUAUAAGAUUCCAGGCUCAACAAAAGAUGGCUCCACCGGUUUAACAUCCUCUUCAGAGGCAGCUGAGAUUAAACAAGACUCCAAAGGAGCCGAGAGAAGUGCCAAAGGUUCAGAAGAUGAGCUGAUAUGUACUCAUCAGUUUCAUGCCAACUGCAUCGAUCCAUGGCUUCGGCAACAAGGAACAUGUCCUGUGUGCAAAUUUAGGAUGGGGUUAGGAAGGCAAGGAAACACCGAUAGCGAGUCAGGUGAUUCAGAUGUUUUGUAA